GCUCAACCAGCACUUUAACUGGCUGGGCAUGCUUGAACAGACAAUUGACAUAUGCUUCACCAACCACGAUGCCAGAAAAUUGACGGUGGAGGAAACCGGUUGAGAGGAGGAACACACCACCGAGUAUUUGGGCCAUUAGCGGGACAGGACUCUAUUUUCCCGUUCCGUCUGUAACCGUGAUUUGGCUAAAAACUUACGACUCAUAAUCCCCAUAAAACGACACAAUAAAACCCUAACCUGCCUGAGUUUAUUUUUCUCCCCGCCGAAAUCACACUGAAAGAGAAGGCAAAGGAGUCCAGGACUUUGGGUCUCUGUGGAAUGUGCUGAAACUGCUUGAAUGCUCGUCAAUCCCAGUGCGCCAACAAUGCUUGCUCAAGGUGACGCUUCAUCUAGUUCAGGAGAUGAUGUGGAGAUAUCAAAUGGUCGGAACAAGCGUAAAACUGCAGCUGCUUCAAGUCCUGGCCCUCGUAAGAGAAACCGCAAGGGAGCCCCAGGGGAUGCUAUAGUGGAAGCUAUGUUAGAGAUUGCUGCUGCUUCAAAGAUGAGGGCAGCUGCAAUGGCGAAAAGCGAAGAUCGGUUUUCUAUUAGUACGUGUAUUAAAGUACUAGAUGAGAUACAAGGACUGGAUCAACAGAUUUACUUCUUUGCUUUGGAUCUUUUUGAGAACCCUAAUGCUAGGGAGACAUUCAUAUCUCUGAAAAGUGAAAGAAGAGUGACAUGGUUGCAGGGCAAGUCCGGUGGCAGUCUCUCUGUUAGUACCAUGGUUUGAAAUCUUAAGGCAUUGGACCUACGCAAUUUCACAAGGCCUCAUAUUGUCAGAGGGCAUACAUCUAGCAUAUUCUUCUUCUUCUUCUAGUAGUUUUAUCUUGUAGGUUAAAAAAACUUAAUUCUCUAUGUUCUAUCAUUUAUAUUCAAGUAUGGUUGAAUGUACAGAGUAAAUGAAUUGAGAAAACAAGCUAACUGUCACACCUCAUAUGCAAUGGUUUUACUAUUGGAUUUGUGAGCAAUUGGUUCCUUUUGUUAA